CUAGUACUGGGCACUGCACUCCCACUUGCUUUCCGGUUUGGGAAAAUCUCUAAAACAAUUGAAUCAUUUUCGGGCCUGUGUCACUGACAGCGGCAUCCAGUCUCCAUCGACCAUCUGAUGCAGGCCACUGCUUUUGACCCAGCCAGCUGGUUAGAACAAAUGAAAUCUUUCCCUCCCUCCUCAGAACAGGAAAGAACUCGAAUCAUAUUUAUCCAAAAUCAUUAUUUUAAUCCCAAAGCAAUAUUUACAAAAAUCAAAAAAAAAAAUCAAAACCAAAAUAAUGUUCGAGAUCCCGAAUCACCGACAACAAAACCGCAGAAGGAGCUGUUGACCAGAGCAUUCACAAAUCGGAAAAACACUGAAAAUAAAUACAAGAAAAAGGAAAGUUGGAGAAAGAAAAGAAAAAGGAAAAUCUCCAAAUGCAAUGAUUGUGUCCAUCCCAUUGUCAGGCUGGUGAAGCUAUCUGGAAAAUGGGGGUUUUAUGACAAACCCGCGUCUCAACUCUCCGGAGGAUUGGGACCACUCGUUCUCCUGAUCCUCCCCCCAAAUCUACUCCCGUACAUACUGACAUGCUUCCAGAGAAUACGGAACCAGAGAUUCCCCAUUCAGAUCUUCCCAUCAAUGAAGAUCAAGUAGUCUAUCGGCUGCUAGUCGGUGUUGCACUGGGCACCCAUUACCCAUUACCCACCCUCAACCGCUCCUCUAUUGUCAGCCAACCAAGCAAGCAGGG